CUGUCCCGCACACCAAUGGCGCGGGCGCGGCCUGUCUCUUCUAUUCCAGUGAUUGGUGCUUAGGGCCCCUCCGCUCCACCCCAGCCCGCCAUGGCGUCAGGCGCCGCAGCCCCGGGGAGGUGGUUCCCACUUUAAGAAGUGAAGUUUUUCGCCCCCUCCCCCUCCCUGCCCACCUCCCGCAGCCUCCGGCGCCCCGCGGGGCUGGCGGAUGGAGCUACGCAGCAGCGGCGUAGGGAGCCCGGCUGUGGGGCGGGGGAUGGAUGGGGACAGCCGAGAUGGCGGCGGCGGCGGCAAGGACGCCGGGUCGGAGGACUAUGAGAACCUGCCGACCAGCGCCUCCGUAUCCACCCACAUGACAGCGGGAGCGAUGGCCGGGAUCCUGGAGCACUCGGUCAUGUACCCCGUGGACUCAGUGAAGACGCGAAUGCAGAGUUUGAAUCCGGAUCCCAAAGCGCAGUACACGAGUAUCUACGGAGCCCUCAGGAAGAUCAUGCGGACUGAAGGCUUCUGGAGGCCCUUGCGGGGCCUCAACGUGAUGGUGAUGGGUGCGGGGCCGGCCCACGCCAUGUAUUUUGCCUGCUAUGAAAACAUGAAAAGGACUUUAAAUGAUGUUUUCAACCACCAAGGAAACAGCCACCUAGCCAACGGGAUAGCUGGGAGUAUGGCCACCCUGCUCCACGAUGCUGUAAUGAAUCCAGCAGAAGUUGUGAAGCAGCGCAUGCAGAUGUACAACUCACAGCACCGGUCAGCCCUCAGCUGCGUCCGGACGGUGUGGAGGACCGAGGGGUUGGGGGCCUUCUACCGGAGUUACACCACGCAGCUGACCAUGAACAUUCCCUUCCAGUCCAUCCAUUUCAUCACCUAUGAGUUCCUGCAGGAGCAGGUCAACCCUCACCGGGGCUACAACCCGCAGUCCCACAUCAUCUCAGGCGGACUGGCCGGGGCCCUGGCUGCGGCUGCCACCACCCCACUGGACGUCUGUAAAACCCUCCUCAACACCCAGGAGAACAUGGCACUCUCCUUGGCCAACGUCAGUGGCCGGCUAUCAGGCAUGGCUAAUGCCUUCCGGACGGUGUACCAGCUCAACGGCCUGGCCGGCUACUUCAAGGGCAUCCAGGCCCGUGUCAUCUACCAGAUGCCCUCCACAGCCAUCUCCUGGUCCGUCUAUGAGUUCUUCAAGUACAUCCUCACGAAGCACCAGCUGGACAGUCGAACUCCAUUCUAAAGGGAUAGGCUAUGGGAAGGGAUUCCAGAAUCUUGGAUUCUCCAAAUCCUGCUGCUUCUGUUCCCACCUCUUCAACACCCAGAUUCUUUCUGCAGGCGCCCCCCACGGGCCUUCCGAGCCCUCCAAUGCCUUAGAAAGCGUGGAAGAUGGGGCAGCCACUAACUGGAAGGCCGUCCACAGGGGCAUCUGAGGUGGUGGCGCUGUUAGGAAAGGUUGGAGAGGGGAGGGGAGUGAGGAAUGGCUUUGUCUCUUCCUCCCCCAGGCCAAAAAUGUAGCUUUGCUGCUUCACUGUGGCAGUCUCCUUCCUACAUCCUUAGAUCCCAGAGGAAGGGGAGAAAAGACACAGUGACUAAAAAUCAUUAAACAAAAGUUUUUAUGUAUAUAAAAGUUCCAUUACACAGUCUAAAAUAGA